AUGGCUUCACACCUCAGAGAAUCCUUUAAGCCCCAGUUACCAAAUAAUGACCCUUUAUUAGACUGCAUGGAGUUUAUUCCAACCCAGGUUUCUCCUGUGCAGUGGGAAGAAGCUAUCUCUAACUCGCCAAUUGCUCAGCUCAACUUUCCCCAAAAUGACAGUGUCUCCUGUGCAAAGCAGGUGCUGCAAGCACUCUGGGAGACUUUUAACUCCUUGUUGCAGCCCGAAAAGCAGAGCAAGGAGCAGAUGAUUUCUCAACUUGUCUUGAAGGAGUUUCUCAUCACUAGUAAAUGCAAGGACAAGUUUGCCUUUAAAGAGAAAUGGGAAUCAAGUGACAGAAACAUGGGGAGAUUCAUGGAGGGUCUGACUGAUGAGUGCUUGAAGCCUCCUGUCAUGGUUCACAUCGCCAUGCAGGGGCAGAAAGCCCUCUUUUCUGAGACCAUGUCCUUAAAAGAAGCCAUCAACCUUCUGAAAGAGCAGCAAUCAUCAAGAAGUUCAACACAAGAGAAUGCAAGGACACCCUUUCCAGUCUCCUAA